AUGGCGUCAACCGAGAUAGCAAGGCAAGCGGGUGAAGGUGCUCGUGCUGUCCCUCUGGCAGGCCAUGUCGGCUUCGACAGCAUGCCUGACCAGCUGGUCAACAAGUCUGUCAACCACGGAUUCUGCUUCAACAUCCUCUGUGUUGGCGAGACAGGCCUGGGGAAGUCCACCCUCAUGGACACGUUGUUCAACACCAAGUUCGAGGGCGAGCCCACCCAGCACAACCAGCCGGGAGUCACGCUCAAGUCCAACACCUAUGAGCUCCAGGAGAGUAACGUGCGCCUUAAACUUACCGUCGUCAACACCGUGGGUUUCGGAGACCAGAUCAAUAAAGAAGACAGCUACAAGUCUAUUGUGGAGUUCAUUGAUGCACAGUUUGAAGCAUAUCUACAAGAGGAACUGAAAAUCAAGCGCACGCUACACAGCUACCACGACACCCGCAUCCACGCAUGCCUCUAUUUCAUCGCUCCCACAGGACACUCGCUCAAAUCCCUGGACUUGGUUACCAUGAAGAAACUUGACAGCAAGGUCAAUAUUAUUCCAAUCGUUGCCAAGUCGGACGCCAUCUCCAAGAGCGAGCUGGCCAAGUUCAAAAUCAAAAUCACCAGUGAGCUGGUCAGCAACGGAGUGCAGAUCUAUCAGUUCCCCACUGACGACGAGUCUGUGGCAGAGAUCAACUCCACCAUGAACAGUCAUUUGCCAUUUGCCGUGGUGGGGAGCACAGAGGAAGUGAAGAUUGGAAACAAGAUGGUGAAGGCCCGGCAGUACCCCUGGGGGACGGUGCAGGUUGAAAAUGAGAAUCACUGUGACUUCGUCAAGCUGCGAGAAAUGCUGAUCAGAGUGAACAUGGAGGACCUGCGAGAGCAGACUCACACGCGUCAUUAUGAGCUCUAUCGCCGCUGCAAACUGGAGGAGAUGGGCUUCAAAGACACAGACCCAGACAGCAAGCCCUUCAGCCUUCAGGAAACAUAUGAAGCUAAGAGGAACGAGUUCAUGGGUGAGCUGCAGAAGAAAGAAGAAGAAAUGAGACAAAUGUUUGUCCAAAGAGUCAAAGAGAAGGAGGCCGAGCUCAAAGAAGCAGAGAAAGAGCUGCACGAGAAGUUUGACCGUCUGAAGAAGCUCCACCAGGAUGAGAAAAAGAAACUGGAGGACAAGAAGAAGUCCUUGGACGACGAGCUCAACAUGUUCAAACAAAAAAAGACUGCUGCAGAGCUUUUGCAGAACCAAGCCCAGCAGGCAGGGGGCUCCACUACACUCAAGAGGGACAAAGAGAGGAAAAAUAAUCCCUGGCUCUGCACUGAGUAGGUCCUCAGCCCUCAAGCUUUGCUAAGAGACCAUCCUUUGUGGGUACUGAGUACCUCAAAUGUGACGAGAGGCUUUGUGGACCAGAUCCUUCAGGGUUUCUUAAUCAUUACCUGUUCUGCUAUAAUAUUGAUUCAUGUGUAUCUGUGUUUCACUGAAGCUCUAACCUCACCCUCAGCAUUCUAAUUCUGGCUUUUGGUUUGCCUAUGCUUAUGUUUAUAUGUGCACUGUUUUGUUUUUGUUUUUUAGCUGUGACUAACACCUUUUUCACUUAAUGGAGAUUAUAUGUGAACUUCUUCAUUUGUCACAUUUGGAUAGUUACUAAAGAAUAUUUCUCACAUAAAUUAACCACAGACAAGAUGACAAUGUGGUUCUGAUUUGAAUCAAGUCACAGUUUAAAAAGCAUGCAGCAUCAUCAGUGGGCACAAUAUAAUCUUGUGAUUUUAUGCUUAAUGUGUUGUUUGAACAACUAUGCUUUAUGAUUAUCAACCUUUAUCUAUUUUCUACCUGAUACCAGAUGCACUCCUAAAUCUCUAGCUUGACUCAUGUUUUUGGAAGUGUUUCUGCUUUGCCACCUCUCUAACAGCUUGCUUUCUCUCUCUUUGUCUCUUUAGCUUCUUUUAAUCUGUCUUGACCACCUGAAGAGGGGAUUGCAGCUUCAGCAAGAACUUAGCACCCUUUACCUCUUCCUGUUUUUUCUUGCUGUAUCCACCCUUUUUUAUUCUCCCCCCAUUGCAUCUUCUUUUGUUGAACAUGGCCUUAUGUGGACUCGCAUGGUAUUUCUGACCACCUAUUGAAGUUCUAAACCCAUGCAGGUUGGGAACCGGGCACAGUUUAUUAUGUCUUAAUGUAUAUAAAGAGACUCUUGUAGUUAAUAGAAUUCAUCAGCUGGGGUUCACAUACAUUUACAUAACUAAAAGAUGAACUCAUUAUUUGAUCUUCAUUGGAAACAAAAUUGCAAUGACCUGCACUAUGCACUCAUCUUUUCAAUAGGAUUCUUAAUACAAAGUGUACACUAAGGUAAAACGCUACUGAAACGUCAUGGCUUGCUGAUUAAAAACAAAACUAAUGAAGCCCUUAAUGCACUGUGUAAUGUGUUAUGAAUAUCAUGAGUAGUCAUGUUGUUUUCUUAAAUCUAGUUCAGUUUGAAAUUAAAAUCUCCUGAUUCCUACAUAAGAUUCUAACAUUAAGAGACAUACUCCUGCAAAAGCCAAAGCAAUAUUUCUACUUAGCACUUCAUUUGAUGGUACCCAUGUUUACAUCUGUUGAAAACCAUCGAGGUCGCAUGUAAUGGCCUUUUAUUACACAUUGUGCUUUAAUAUUCACCAGCCUAUUCUAUAUUUUUUGCAUGCAUCUUUUUAUUUAAUUACCGCUGUGAUUUUUGACCUGCUUGUUUUAGCCCUAAAAAUUCAAUUUUGCAGUCUAUUUCAAAUUCAUUGCUGUUUUCUUCAAAUGGUGCACACUAUUAACGUAUAUUUGCUCUGUCCUAUGAUUUUAGCUUCCUUUUUUGCCAAAUAGUAGUACAAGAUGGAGUUGAACAGAAUCCCAGAUAGGAGUAUUAAACAGGAUACUCAUGCAUUUGUAUAAUUUAUAAGGAUAUAUUUUGUGUAUUGAAGUGGAGACUUGUUGUUUAUUACCUAUGACCUUUUGAUGUGACUCUGAGUGUAAAGUAACAUUUUGGUGUCAGAAAAUGGCAUACAUUUUUCUAGUAUGAGUCAUCACCUCUUGUAGUCAAAAACUCUCCCACACUGCAAAUAAUUAAAUAUGUUACUUUAGUUUGAUUCCAUUGAUGUACAUUUUCAAUAAAAAAAAAUAUGAUCCAAAUAUA